AUGGAGAACGAGCCUGGAAUAGUGUCUCCUUUCAAACGAGUCUUCCUGAAAGGUGAAAAAGGUCGGGAUAAAAAAGCCCAGGAGAAGGUUACGGAGAGACGGCCUCUGCAUACAGUGGUGGUGUCCCUGCCUGACCGCGUCGAACCAGACGUGCUGCUGAAUGACUACAUCGAGAAAGAAGUGAAGUAUUUAGGUCAACUCACGUCCAUCCCAGGGUACCUGAAUCCCUCCAGCCGCACGGAAAUCCUGCAUUUGAUCGAUAAUGCAAAGAGAGCACACCAGCUCCCGGGGCAGCUGACCCAAGAACACGAUGCUGUCAUCAGUCUCUCUGCCUACAACAUCAAGCUGGUGUGGAGGGAUGGAGAAGAUCUCAUCCUCAGGGUCCCCAUCCACGACAUCGCGUCCGUUUCCUACAUCCGAGAUGACUCCUCUCACUUGGUCGUGCUGAAAACAGCUCAGGACCCCGGGAUCUCCCCAAGCCAGAGUCUGUGUGCCGAGAGCUCCAAAGCCCUUACUUCGGGCUCGCUGUCUGAGAGCGGGGUGGUUCCCGUCGAAGCUUGUUGCUUGGUGGUCCUGGCUACAGAGAACAAAGUGACUGCCGAGGAGCUGUGCUCACUUCUCAGCCAAGUCUUCCAGAUUGUUUACACCGAGUCCACGAUAGACUUCUUGGACAGAGCAAUAUUCGAUGGGGCGUCCACGCCGACGCGGCACAUGUCCUUACACAGCGAUGACUCUUCUACAAAAGUGGAUGUUAAGGAAUCUUACGAAACGGAAGCAAGCACUUUUUCCUUUCCAGAAACCUUGGAUGCAGGUGACAACUCCCCCUCGUCCUUCUCCACACAACAGUCUCCGCACGUUAAGACAGUCAGCGAGAGCGAGCUGAGCACCACGGCGACAGAGCUGCUCCAGGACUAUAUGAUGACGCUCCGAACGAAACUCUCUUCCCAAGAGAUCCAGCAGUUCGCAAUGCUCCUGCACGAGUAUCGCAACGGGGCUUCGAUCCACGAGUUCUGCAUCAACUUGAAGCAGCUCUACGGGGACAGUAGAAAAUUCCUGCUCUUAGGUCUUCGCCCCUUCAUCCCCGAGAAGGACAGCCAACACUUUGAGAACUUCCUUGAGACCAUCGGGGUGAAGGACGGCCGGGGCAUCAUCACAGACAGUUUCGGGAGGUACAGGCGGACUCUGAGCACCACCUCCAAUUCCACCACCAACGGCAACGGCGCUGCCGGCAGCUCGGAUGACCAGUCCGUCCCUUCGGAGGAGGACGAGUGGGACCGAAUGAUCUCGCACAUCAGCAACGACAUUGAAGCCCUGGGGUGCAGCAUGGACCGUGAUUCCUCCUGA